AUGGGUUUGUUCAAAACUGAUCAAAAUGUCGUCUAUAAGCCUGCAAAUGAAGUCGACUUGUCCAAUGAUAGCUCAGAAUUUUAUCUACGAGCCAAUGUCAAAGCUCCUCGCAUGGCUGGAUUUCUGGUGAAAGUUUUUGCGUGGUUUUUGGAGUCUCGAAUCUUGGGGACGUUGUUGUUGUACGUAUUGAAGGGAAACAAUCUAAUUCAUAAGCUUAUAACAGAUGCAGAGCUGGAAGAGCCACCAAUCUACACUCCAUUACAUCCUUUUGAAGAUGUCAAAGAACAAGAGGUGAAAUGCAUAGAGUAUGAUUUAUCUCCACAAGAAAAAGUUGAAGAAGCAGUUAAUUGCAUGCGAAUGUCCUUUAAAAAUAUAUCAGAAGGUGUAACCGCUUCUUUUCGACGAUGGACCAUACUAGAUUAUUCAAGAGCCUAUACAUCUGGAGAAUUAACUCCCAAAGUGGUUGCAGAGAGAUUUAUAGAGGCUGUCCGUGAAUCAUCAAAUCCACCAUUGCAGAUGUCAUUCUUUAUUAACUCUGAUGCGGCAGAUAUAUUACGGCAAGCAACUGAGUCAACAUUUCGAUAUCAACAAGGCGUACCCAUUUCAUCUCUAGAUGGAGUCCUAAUUGCUAUCAAGGAUGAAAUAGAUUGCAAGCCAUAUCCGACGACAGGGGGGACAAAAUGGUUGCACAAACAAAGACCUUGUAAGGAUGAUGCAUGUUGUGUGAAGCGUCUUAGAUCAUGUGGAGCCAUACUUGUUGGGAAAACCAAUAUGCAUGAACUUGGGGCUGGAACCAGUGGGAUAAAUCCCCAUUAUGGGGCAACUAGAAAUCCAUACGAUAGAAACAAGAUCUCUGGAGGCUCUUCUAGUGGGUCUGCCGCAGUGGUGGCUGCUGGAUUGUGUCCUGUUGCCCUUGGCGUUGAUGGGGGAGGAUCUGUCCGAAUGCCUGCAGCUCUUUGUGGUGUUGUUGGUUUCAAACCAACCUUUGGCCGUGUGCCUCAUUCAGGUGUUCUUCCUCUGAAUUGGACGGUUGGGAUGGUUGGAAUACUAGCAGACACCGUUGAGGAUGCCUUUAUUGUCUAUGCAGCUAUUAGUGGCGAACUACCAUCGCAUCAAUCUACUAUAAUGCCUAGAGUACAUUUUCCACUGCUGAACUCACCACCGCCAAUAUCAAAUAUCAAGUUGGCUAAGUACGAUGAGUGGUUCAAUGAUUGCAGUGAUGAUAUCAGAAUUUGUUGUUCUGAUGUCGUGAAGAAACUUGAGAAGCACUGUGGUUGGAAGACAAUAGGAGUGACCAUUCCAGAGAUAGAGGUGAUGCGGCUAGCCCACUAUUUAACAAUUGGCUCUGAGUGCACCACUGCUCUUAGUACUCAUCUUGAAAAGCUGGAUUUUGCUGAAUUAGGAUGGGAUGCAAGGGUUGCCCUGGCAGUUUAUGGUUCAUUCAGUAGCAAAGAAUAUAUAAAGGCCCAAAAAAUCAGGAACCGACAAAUUCAAUUUCAUGAGAAGAUAUUUGCCCAGGCCGAUGUCAUUGUUGCGCCAACUACAGGGGUAACUGCUUAUCCAAUUUUUGAUGAUGCUCUAAGGACUGGUGAACUUGACUAUAUUAAUGGAGCUGCACUUGUUCGGUAUUCAAUAUCAGGAAACUUUCUGGGCUAUCCUGCAGUGACUAUUCCAGUUGGAUAUGAUAAAUUGGGUUUGCCAAUUGGUCUUCAGUUUAUUGGUAGGCCUUGGUCUGAGGCAACGCUGAUUCACAUGGCAUUUGCAACGCAGGCCAUUUGUAUCUCAAACUAUAGAAGGCCAGAGGUAUUCUAUGAUCUCCUCAACAAAAGAUGAGUGCACAACUUCCAAUAGAAUCUUGCAUAUUACAGUGAAUGUAUUGCCCAAAUAUAUUCAAGUACACCAUAUAUUACCAAAUUUGGGUCUCUCCGAUGCAUUUUUAUGUUUCUUUUCCUUUACUUUUUAUUCAAGUUGUGGAUGGUUGCAAA